CUCCCAAGCCGCUCCAGCCUCUGGGAGGUGCCGCGGGAUUCCCACCCCCAGGUGCCCGGCCUAUUGGCUGCCUGGCAGAGACUAGCGGAGACUGGCGUCUUCCAGAGCCUAUCGCUGUCCGGUUUAGGCCGUGGGCUCCGCCUACCAGGGAAACGUGCCCCAAGUGGUCCUGGGCGAUAGGAGGCGGAGCGUCUAUUGGCUGGAAGAUAGUGACUGACGUCAUGGGUAGCUUAUCACAGCCAGCCUCCGGAGGAGCGCUCCCAGUUCAGGCCCGCCUCUGGAAAAACGCAAAGGGGUGGUAGCCGAGGGCGUGGUGGAUGGCAGAAGCGCCCCGGAAGUGGGGUCCGGCCGCUCGCGCAGCUCGCUGGCCUCAUCAUUGGGUCCUAAGGGAGGAUGGGGACUUGAGAAGUCUGGACUCCGUGGUCCUGAGGGAGGAGGGGCUGGGGAUCUGAGGGAGGAGGGACAGAGGAACCUAGACUUCAGGGUCUGAGGAGCAUCUGAAUGGUUGGAUCUUGAGGAAGGAGGGAGCUGGGAACCUGAAAGGUCGGGGUGUAGGGACGGGGACUCCCAAGAGUCGCUGGCCUGCCCCGGGAUGACGGAUUUGAGGUUUCAGAUUUUAUGUGGCUAUUUAUGGGAUUGGAGCCAGGCCUUGUCCCCAGGCAAGAGUUCUGGGUCCCGUGAGGUGGGGCUUAGAAUAGAAAUGAGGAGGAGGAGGCUUAGGGGAAGCUCUGGCCUCGGUGUGCCCUUUCCACCCCCACCCCCACCCCCGGAAAGGGAAGCCAGGGUGCUGUCUGCCAGGGGAACCCAGAGCGGGAGGAGACUUGAAACUCACAUGGAGACAAAGAGAAAAACAUUGAUACCAAGAGAGAUUAAAAUAGUAAAAACAAUAAUUAUAAGGGAGCUCUCUCUUGUAUGGCGUGGACUGUGUGUGGCCCCGGUUCUAUGCGAAGCAUCUCACAUAAUUAUCGCAUGUCUUCCUCAUUACAGUUCUAAGAGAUCAGUUUAUUAUAAUCCCCAUUUUACAAGUGAGAAAAUUGAUGCCCAGUGAGGAAGAAUCAAGAUGCAAAUGUGAAGAGACAGGAGAGACACAAAACACAGAUGGAGAUAAACAGGCAAAGAGAUAAAAACAGGCCCAGAGAGGAUAGAAAAGGUAGACAGCAAACAAAAGAGAGGGGCUGCAAGCGGGGACUCCUGGGGUGGGGUAGGGGGCUGGGGCCUAGGACUCCUGGGUCCCAGGACUCCUGGGUCCCUGGGUUGGAAGGACCUAGGACUGGGGCUUUCAAGUAUCUCCUCUCCUGAUUUCCAAAUACCAGACUUGUCCAACCCUUCUCACUGUGGGCGUUGGACCUGGUUGGGGUCAAAAAUAGUGAUUAGGAGGGGGCAGGCGUGUCAUUAUCCUAUUAGGAGAUGAUAAGAAAAUGAUUCAUGGGGAUGCCCCCAGCCUGGGAGGGGCCUUUCCCCCAUGGCCUCUGUUGUUUCAUCUGGACAGAUUGGGCCUCAGAAAGGACUGGGGAGGGGCAGGGUCCUCUCUGUCCCUCUCCACCACUGCACCUCCAUCUCUCAGAACUGUCACUAAGUCCCACCAUGGAGAUGAGUGGGCCACCGUGGGGCAUCUCUCUGGGCCUCUCUGCUUUCCCCCACACCUUGAACCAAUGCCCACCAGAGGUCCUGGCACAUCACAGGAGCUCAGCAAAUGCGUAUCGAAUGGAUGGACAAACCUCUCUGGGCAGCUAUUCCUCUGUCCCCGUCCUGACCAUCUCUCUGUGUCCCCAUCAUGUUUCUCAGCCUCUCCCUCGCCUCACGCAUCUCCUCCCACCUUCCCUUUCACACAGGUGUUUCAUCCGAGGACACAGGGCCCCCUAUCCCCAGUAAGAAGAAACUGAGGCUUUGGGGAACCUGGGUGGAUCAGUCGGUUGAACAUCCAACUCUUGAUUUCGGCUUGGGUCAUGAUCUUGGGGUCCUGGGAUCAAGCCCUGUGUCGGGCUCUGUGCUCAGCUGGGAGUCUACUUGAGAUUCUCUCCCUCUCCCUUGGCCCCUUCCCCGCUCAAAUAAAUAAAUAAAUCUUAUAAAAAGGAAGAAAAGGAAGAAGGAGGAGGAGAAGAAACUGAGGAUCAUUUUGGGAGAAGUCACCCUCCCAGGGUCACCUGUGGGACAUGAAAAGGAGGAGCUGAGAGGGGUUCUCAAGACCCCAAAUACAGACACACCCCUGGCAUCUCGGAGUCAGAAAUGUAAGAUCACACCAAACAUGUGCCCUCAAUACCUGCUUAGUGGGAUCUUCAUUUGCACCCAUACAAUCAGAGAAUCACAUGCACCACGCGCACUCACCCACAAACACAAACAUAAACAUCAGCACACAAUCACAUAAUCACCCUUACUGACAACACACACAGAAAUCUCCUAUUCUGGGGUGCCUGGGUGGCUCAGUCAUUGGGCGUCUGCCUUCGGCUCGGGUCAUGAUCCCGGGGUCCUGGGAUCGAGGCCCGCAUCGGGCUCCCUGCUCCGCGGGAAGCCUGCUUCUCCCUCUCCCACUCCCCCUACUUGUGUUCCCUCUCUCGCUGUGUCUCUCUGUGUCAAAUAAAUAAAUAAAAAUCUUAAAAAAAAAAAAAGAAAUAUCCUAUUCCACAUGCAAAUCAGACACCCCAGGUAUGCAAUUAUACGCCCAGCCACAGGCAAGCCACUCAUUCAAACCCAGCCAGGACCACGAGAAGACUUGGUUUCCUUCUCAACUGUAUCUCCAGCAGCUAGAACAGCACCUUGCUCUCAUCAGCCGCAGAAACACAAAAUGUUUCCGAGUGUCAGGCACAGUUCUAAGCCCUUCCCGUGAACUAACUCAUCGAAUCCUCGCAACCACCCUAUUUGCCACCACUCAUUUUAAAGAUGGACACACCAAGGUCCAGGCAAGCUUAGUGAUUGGCUAAAGUUUUCAUGGCCAGGAAGAGGCUAUGAGAAUUUGAACUCAGGUUUUCUGGCUCUGGAACCCAUCACACGAGGCUCCUAUUCAAUAAAUCACUCCUGCCUUAAUCCAGUUGGAGUUCUAGAACCAUGACAACCGACCACACCUGAACCAGAUGCACAGUGGGCGGGCGGGGUGGGGAGAUGCACAGUGGGUAGAAUUUCAGGAAGGCAAUAUAGACACACAAAUAGAAAAGACCCCCCAGAACACACAGAGACAUGGGGCAACCCCCACAGGGACACACAGCACCCAGAGAGAGACGCACACACCACACGCAGAGACACAACACACCCAAACCCAGACACGGUGUCCCACCCAGAACUCCACUGAGCUCCUGUUCUGCUCCCAGCCCCACUGGGUUGGCCCUCGAGGAAGCAGCAGGCUCAGGAUGGGAAGAGGGGACAAUCUCACUUGUCUGCUCUGCCUGACUGGUUCCACGAGGGCCAUGGAUGGCACCACCCACCUUAUGAAACCCGCAUUGGGCAACUGGACCCAGACCUGACCUGGACUCUUGGAUUCUGGAGCGAAAGGGGCUGGGAGCCUGAAUUCCUGGGUUCUGAGGGAAUAGGAGCUGGGUGCCCCCCCAAUCAUGGAUUCUAGGGGAGAGGAGGAUGGGGAUUGGGACCUGGACUCUCAGAUCCUGAGGAAGAAGAGCUGGAGGUCUGGGAUCCUGGGUUCUGGAAAAAGAGGGGCCAGGGACUUGGAUUCCUCUCCUCUGUCUUUUAAGGCAGGGUUCCAGAGUUAGCAGAUAAAAAUACAGGACACCCAGUUAAAGGUGAAUUUCAGAUGAACAACAAAUACCUUUUUUAGUAUAAGUAUAUCCCAAAGAUGGCAUGGAACAUACUUACGCCAAAAAAAUGUUGUUGUUGUUGUUGUUGUUGUUGUUGUUGUUGUUUGCCUGAAAUUUACAUUUAACUGGGCAUCCUAUAUUUUAUCCAGCAACGCUGUUGAGGGGAUGGAUGCCAGGUGCUCGGAGACAGCCAUGGCCACUGGUCAGGCCCCAGGCCCCUGCUCUUCCUGCCCCUGCCCUCCUCCUCACCCCUAAGCAGGCCACCUCACAGCUUCCCCACCCGCUUUCCUCAUCUACAUGAGUUGCUGUCUAAUUGCAGCCCCCAGGCUGUGUCAGAGUGGGGAGAGGAAACCCGAGGACAACUCGGGUUGUCAUCCUGGGAGCCCUGGGGUCCUCAGAGAUGACUGACCCUGAGUCACCUGCAGAUCAUGGUCUGGCAAGCUGGGGGAUGGGGCCCUGGGGCUGCCUCUGUGGGGAGGCCUGGAGAUGGAGAUGUGGGGAUGGGAGGCAGAGACCCGGGGACGAGGGCAGGAGACACACAGCUUGGGGGAACAGAGACUCAGACAUGGGGAGACAGAGAACCAGAGCAACUUGGAAACAGACUGGCACAGAUCAGGAAAGAGAUACAGAGCUAGCGAGGCAAAGAUGCAGAGAUGGGGGCACAGGGACACUAGACCAGAAGUGGAGAGAAGAUGUUCCUAGACAUUCAGGCUCCUGGACCAAGUGACAGACAUGCACCAGAAAAACACUGAGUGCCACCCAGCAGUCUGGGGAUAAGGAGAGCGAGCCAUCUGGGUGGUGCCGGGAGACCAAGGCUUGGGUCCUGCUGUGGGUUGGAUUGGGAGGUGAGGAAAAAGCUGGGAUCCCAGGCGGAUAGGGUGAUCCACCUGCCAUCACCCAUACCCAUUCCCAGUGGGGUGACACCACCUUCUCUGCAGGUGACACCCCAAUUUUCCAGCGCCUACAUUUUUGGGGUGACACCUGUGCUGGAAACCCCACCCAACUCUAAUGCUGCUUCCCUCACUGAGUCACUUCCAACCCUGCCAGGCCUGUUGGGGGCAGACUUUGGUGACUCAGGAGCCCAGCAUCAAAAAUCCCAGGACCCCUGCACACUCAGGGGCGCAGCCUAGCCUAACCCAAGAGUCUACACCCCUAGCCAGAAUCUGAGCCCCUCUCCCUCCUCUGUUAGGGGCCCAGAUGAAGCCCCAGCCCCUCCUCCCUCAGACCCAGGAGUCCGGCCCCCGCCCCCCCAUCUGCUCUGUUACCCCCCCCACCCCCAGUCCUGGGCCACAUCCAUCUCCUUCCAGAACCACAGUUUCUCGGUUCCCAGCCUCCUCCCUUCCCAGUUUGAAGGUCGAGUGAGUUGUAUAUAUUUACUUUGGUUUCAGCAUGAGUGACCCCCAAAACACACUGCCCCCCAUGGGCCUGGUGGCCCCAAAUGGGAGGACGGUGCCCCCUCUUCCAGGGAAGUGGGAACCUCACUCAGGGGGAAAGGAGAGGCCCUCACAGGGGAGCCCCCACUGCACUCUCCUGCACCCCCCAUUCCUUCCUCCACCUCCCUGCCUCUCCACUUUCCACCUCUGUGUCUCUUCUCUGAAUCUGGCUCCUCUCUCUGCUGUUUCUCCCCCAGAUCUUUGUCCCUCUCUGUCUCGGCAUCUCUCUCUCCAUCUCUCUAUGUCUUCGUCUCUGUCCAUCUCUCUGAAUCCCCUUCUCUCUCUCCCGCCUGGGCCUCUCCCCUUCUGUCUCUGUGUCCCCCAUUCCCUCCCCGUCUCUCUGUCGUUCCUCUCUUUGGGUCUCUGCACUGUGGCCCAGCUGCGCCCCUUGAGCCUCCCCUCUGCCUUCUCUCCCCUCACCCCGUCUCUCCCUGCCUGCUCCCCUUUCUGUCUUCCCUCCCAGCUCCGCAUUCCUGGCCCCCUCCCUGAUUUCCUCGGUCCCACAAGAGCUGGAGGGGAAAAGGGGGGAUGGGGGAUGGAGAGCCAGGGAGGGGAAGUUCCUGUGGGGGGAAGAGGGUCAGCCAGACCGGCUGGGCUCCCUGGGCACCUCUGUCAGAGCCCCACCCAGGGCUGUGUGGCCCGCCCCAAUAUAAGCAGCUCCUGGCCAGAGACAGAACACAGUGCCUGGCUCACCCACACCUGUCUGCAUCAUCGCCGUUGCUGUCUCCUGCAGGUAGGAGCAUCUGCCCACAGCCUCUUCUCUGUGUCCCCACCCCCCCCACCCCCCGCUCCCCUGACAUCUCUGUCCCUUGCAUAUCUCUGACUGUCUCGGUGGACACUUCUGUCUUUCUCAAUGCCCUCCAUGUCCACCUUCUCAACCUCAGUGGCGCUGGGUUGAAUCUGGAAGUCCUGGGGCCCAGCGCGGCCUCUACUAACCCCCUUGGCCUGGGCUGUUGGAUGUGGGGCAUUUCUCUUCACCUCUCUGAGCCUCAGUGUUCCAUCUGCGAAAUGGGCUUUCAGAGAAGUCAAAGCCCUGGGCAGGUGUGAGUGUUACUGGUGGCAUCUCUCUGGGCACCUGGCUCUGAUCUCUUUCUCCCCUUGUCUCUGACUCCGCCUGUCUCUGUCCCCUGGUCUCUGUCUCCAGCUCUACCUCUGGUAUGGGGAAGGUCCUGUGGGGUCUGUCGGGCAGCGGUACAGAGAUGGGCGAGUUUCUCGCCCCCACCCCAUACAUCCCUACUCCAUGUUUCUCCCAGCUGGCAGGCUGACUUGGCCUCUUUCUCCCCAGUGCCCUUCCCCCUGAGAACCCAGCCCCCAGUGCCCCUGCUCCUUGCCCGCCCCUCCCCCAGUAUCCAGCAACCUUUGGACAGACUCAGCCACUGUCACCGCGGCCACCUCUGCUGUCCCCAACACCGCCACCUCCUCAGGGCCAGCAAGAUGCAGUUUGAGAUGCACGACAACGUGAAAGGCAAAGGUGGGAUCACUGGAACCCUUCCGGUCCCUGGAACCUGGCCGCUUCCCUCCCCUGGGCGCCCUGGCUUCGAAGACAGAUGGCGCCUGAUUGCAUCCCAGAGACCCCUGGAAAUGCGGGAACCCAGCUCCCCAGGCGCAGACGUGGAGGAGGUGGCGCACUUCUCGCCCCGCCCGGAUGUGGCACCCACCCUUCCCCAGACUUGCAGGAGUUCCCCACCCACAGCCCAACCAGAUGUGCAGGAGGCAGUGGCGAUGGGGACAGACUGGGGUGUCAGUGCCCAAACGUGGUGGAAAGGAAAGGGGGGUGCAGUGGUGUCCUCUCCGUGGGCGGCCUGGUGGCCCCGCCCAGACUGCCCGGCAGAGGCAGGGGCGGCAGGGAUGUGGGGUCCGGGAGGGGUUGUCGGGCUGCCCGCUGACCCUGGCCCACCACCUUCGCAGCCAUGUCCUACCCAGUGACCAGUCAGCCCCAGUGCGCUAGCAGCUGCUACCAGACCCAGCUCAGCGACUGGCACACGGGACUCACGGACUGCUGCAACGACAUGCCCGUCUGUCUGUGCGGCACUUUCGCCCCCCUGUGCCUCGCCUGCCGCAUCUCCGACGACUUCGGGGAGUGCUGUUGCGCGCCCUACCUGCCCGGAGGCCUGCACUCCCUGCGCACGGGCAUGCGGGAGCGCUAUCACAUCCAGGGCUCCGUCGGGCACGACUGGGCGGCCCUCACCUUUUGUUUGCCCUGCGCCCUCUGUCAGAUGGCGCGGGAAUUGAAGAUCCGGGAGUAAAGCAGCUCCACGCGCCUCCUCCUUUUCCACCUGUCACGCCCGGCCCCCUCUGCCCCCUCGGCCCCCUCUGCCGCCUCGUGGGAGGGCCUGCCCCUCCGCCCUAUCCCGCUACCAGAAAUACACCCACAAUAAAAACCUG